AGUUUACUGUCUGAUUCAUGCUCCGAUGUCCACAACAACACUUAUUAAUCCUCUGUGGUAACUUGAGAACUGUUUAACCAAUCAAUGAACGAGUCCGGCCCUCAGUCGCCAUUCAUGUUGCAACCAAAACUCACACGGGCGUAAAUAAAACCUAUUUUGUGUUUAGCCGGGAAAUUAAUACCGGCCGGUAACUCAUGUAGAGGAGUUCUUUUUUUAAAUUUUAUUUAUUUCAAAAUGGCAGCUUAUAAAGCUUGUGUUUUGUUCGGUGUAUUGGUUGUGUGUUUCUUUGGUGCAUGUUUUGCCGACAUCCCGUGUGCAGCUAGAAAAAUAACGGGCAAGUCUGUGGUGUGUGUGUGUAACGCUACAUACUGCGAUACUAUAACAAGGGAACCUUUCGUACCCAACACGUACGUUGUGUAUUACAGCUCACAGAGUGGAUUACGAUUUAACAAAAGCAGAGCACAAUUGAAACAGGCAAAUUAUUCCGAUACAGAAUGUAUUCCAACGUUAAUUUUGAACCCCAAAGUAAAGUAUCAGAGGGUGGAAGGUUUCGGCGGAGCGACCACGGACGCCGCUGGUAUCAACUGGAAGAACUUGAGCCUGCCUCUACAGAAAUACCUGAUUGACUCAUAUUUCAGCGACAAAGGUUUGCAGUACAAUAUGAUCCGCGUCCCUAUCGGCGGCACCGACUUCUCAACUCACGCGUAUGCUUACAACGAGCUCCCUGUGAACGAUACCAAGUUAUCCAAUUUUACACUCACUUACGAAGACUUCCAUUAUAAGAUCCCGAUGAUAAAGGCAGCGAUGCAAGCAUCCAGCACGCCAAUACAUGUGAUAGCGACAACAUGGUCGCCGCCGCUGUGGAUGAAGACGCGCCCCGUCUACAGGGGACGCAGUCUAUUGAAACCGGAGUACUACCAGACCUACGCCGACUACCACUACAAGUUCCUUGAGAAGUACAAGGAGCAAGGUAUCAACGUGUGGGGCAUCACCACCACGAACGAGCCCACCACUGGACUCGUCGGGUUCAUUCACUCCGUUAACAACCUCGGCUGGACCGCGGCCAGUAUGGGCAGAUGGAUUAUCAUGAACUUGGGUCCUACUAUACGUAACUCAACGUUCAAGGAUGUGAAAAUAAUAACAGGAGACGACCAGAGACUCACACUACCUUACUGGGCGAAUGUGCUAGUAGCGGAGCACCCUAAAGUACUGGACUAUGUGGAUGGUAUCGCAGUACAUUACUACACCGACUUCCUCACGCCCGCCUCCAUACUUAGCGAGGUCUCCAAGUCAUUCCCCAACAAGUUCAUCAUCGCCACUGAAGCUUGCGAAGGAAGUAUACCGAUUCUCGAGAAACACGUGGACGUAGGAUCCUGGGUGAGGGCGAAAAAAUACGCGAUUGAUAUUAUUGAUGACAUAAACCACGACGUCGUAGGUUGGAUAGACUGGAACUUGUGUCUGAACGUGCAAGGUGGACCUUCCUACACGGCGAACCAUGUGGACUCGCCCAUUUUAGUUUUCCCAGAAUUUAAUGCCUUCAUCAAACAACCGAUGUUCUACGCCAUGGGACAUUUCUCCAAGUUUGUUCCAAGAGGGUCGAGGAGGAUACAAGUUACACAGAAGUGUGGUUGGAAGAAGUCUCUCUGGAACACUGCCUUCAUCACUCCUCAGAAUAAUGUGGUCGUAGUACUAUAUAACGAUGGCAAGGCGACCAAAGUGAACCUUCAGUUGGGAAGUUAUCAAGCUGUGGUGGAGAUGGAAGGAAACUCUAUGGCCACCGUGGAACUGCCGCCUAACUUAAGCUUGUAGACUAUUUCUUUACUUAUUCUGUUUUUAUUGAUAAGCAAUUCAAUACCAUAUCCAAGUUAUAGACUUACAUUUAUUACUUUGAGGUUUGAAAACUUGUUAUUUUUUAAGUAAUGGAUAGAGAUGCUAUGCAAGUAAUAUUGUAUCACAAUAAAAUUACGUAAGUAAGUUUGUACAUCUGCUCGUAAAGUGUAUGUUAAAGUAAAGGAAAGUAUUACUCGUGUAUUCUUUUUUAAUAUUUUUAAAUAAAAGUUUCUCUAGAA